AUGCUUGUGGUUAACAGAUCUUUGGCCAAGACGAUACAAGUGCUCGGCGACUGCAAGAACAGCUUCCCGUAUCCACUUCUGACCACUCCAGCCGUUCUGCUCAUGAACAAGAAAUGUUCCGCUGAUACGAUGGAAGUGCCGGACGACUGCAAGCACGUCCUGAGGUUCGACAUCCCCGGCGCCCACGACAUUAAGCCGGUAGAGACUCCAAAGCUCUGCAGAGUCGUCGACCGCGAGACUCUCAAGUCUAUCCACCCCGUCAACAUCAAGAUGCAGUCCCAAGACUGGAUUGAGUCGCUCGAUCGUCACUUCAUCAUCGGCCGUGAGACUCUCAAGUCUAUCCGCACCGUCAACAUCAAGAUGCAGUCACAAGACUGGAUGGAGUCGCUCGAUCGUCACCUCAUCAGUGCGUUUACAUCUCGUUGCAGCAGCAUCAAGAUGCAGUCCCAAGACUGGAUGGAGUCNAUGGAGUCGCUCGAUCGUCACCUCAUCAGUGCGUUUACAUCUCGUUGCAGCAGCAUCAAGAUGCAGUCCCAAGACUGGAUGGAGUCGCUCGAUCGCCACCUCAUCAGUGCGUUCACAUCUCGUUCCAGCAAGCUUGAGUCAUUCGAGCUCAUCUUUCUGGAAGAUCAGACUGACCACCAAUGGCCACAGUACUCAGACAACUACAUUCUCCACCACUUCUUUGGCACUCUCCCGCCACACUUCACCGACUCUCUCACUUCCGCCAUGACCACCCACGACGAGAAUGUCCGAACGUAA